AUGCAGUCACUACGUAGAACAGCAGUGGCUGCUGCCAGGACGAGCCGAACCUCGCUUCCGCGCCAAUCGCGCCGCUUCGCCCACGAUGAACACGCCCACGGGCACCCGAGCCCAGCCGUCGACGAGCCCAUGGGUUACGGCUUCUAUAUGACAAUUGGUGUCAUCCCCGCGGGAAUGGCUGUCUAUUUUAUGUCGCGAACGGACGGCGAAAACAACGAGCCGUAUUUCACCCGCAUGAUCGCCAAUGCUACGGCCGGCCUACACGAGAAGUGGACUUCGCAGAACGACCACCACGUGCGUAUGAUCGAGCAGGCGGGUGAGGACAGGGUGCUGUUCUUGAACACACGGCCGCAGGAAUAUGUCGAUAUGAAGUUCCCUGAGUACGCUAUAAGAGAAGAAGGCUCAAGCCGAGAUCAAGGCGAAGCGAUGCAGAUGGAGGAGGCGUUAAUACGAACAACCGAGGCUAACAAGCACAGGAUCAUGAACGUUGGAUCGCCCUACAACGUCCCCGCCGGAAGCCAAGUCCAGAUGGACAAGGUUAUUGAGAAGUACAAGAAGCUUGCAAACGAGGAUAACGAGCGUAAGCUGGAGAAGUUGAGGAACAACCAGAUCUCUUCUGAGCAGCCAUUCGAGGGCAAGACCCGUGUCAAGAAGGCGCCCGACAUGUUCUAG